AUGAAGGUGAAGAAGGGUUGGCUCGCUGUUCAAGUGGAAGAAGAGACAGAAGAAGCUGGUGGAGUUGGGUCUCAAAGAUUUGUGAUCCCAAUUUCGUAUCUUUGUCACCCUCUCUUCAAGCACCUUUUGGAUAAGGCUUAUGAGGUUUACGGCUACCACACCGAGGGUCCUCUUAAGCUUCCAUGUUCAGUUGAUGAUUUUCUUCAUCUCCGAUGGAGAAUUCAGAAAGAAUCCUCUACCCAUCAUCACCAUAACCAUAACCAUAACCAUCACCAUCAUCGCCAACUUCCUCACGCCUUGUAUUUCCAUGCUUGUUAA